AUUUAAACAAAAUUUCAAUUAGUCACAGAUUGUCCCAGGAGUGGUUUGCCUCUUUAACAGUCUCCUCUGGAGAUCGGAGUAAUGGAUUUCAGCCUUAGGGGAUUGUUCUGGGUCUUAAAAUAUGAAUUUCAUUGAAGAGUGAAGUCAGCAUGUUGGCUAGCCCCAUCUGGCUGCUGAACUGGAGCUCACACCCAGUUCAGCUGGUUAGACGUUUGUGAUUCAUUCUUGGCUGAUGUUCUGUCUUUCACCUCACUCACAGGUCACUUAUUUCAGGGAUCUUUGCGAGACUGUGGCUGGUAUCUUUGUGUCGCCUUCAAGCCGUCGUGAUUGGACCAGUAAAGCAGAAGGGGGUAAAAAAGAAAAACACUGAACUGUUACAGGAUGUGGUUUUACUGAACACGCUGCACUGAAGAUUAAAAUUUUUGAUGCAUGACGUUUUCAACAGCAAAAGGAAGUUAACCGAUAAUUUUAGACCCAAAUGCUUCAAUUGUAAAAUUUGUAUAAGUUUCAGACCAUUUUCUUGCAUAGCUUGGUCUCCUCCUAUGCUGUUUGGAAUAGUGCUUUGUUGCACUCAGCCUUUUUGAGUUAGUUCUUGCUCGUAAAGCUGAUCUAAGUUUCCUUCAGGGUCAGUAACUUCCAUUCCUGAAAUGAAAGUAUCUUUAAUUGUGGUGGCAUUUUGAUCGCUGGCAAUUCUUGAAAAGACUGCUGGUUUGUUUGAAACAUUUUUAGUGGCAAGCAUUUCUCAGCAACUGAAAAAAUGGGCUGUGGUUUACCAAAACUGGAAAAAUCUGAUAAAAACAGUCCUGGCAAAAUCUACUCAACACUUAAAAGACCACAAGUGGAAACUAAGGUGGACACAGCCUAUGAAUAUAAGCUUCUGGAUUUCACUAUAGCAGCAGAGGGUGAGGUAGAAUCAUCUGCAGUCAAGCUCUCCUCCUUACGUGAUCUUCCUGAUCAUCUGCAGGAACUCUACCAGAAGGGCUUUGUACUGGCUGGUUUUCACCCUUUCAUACAGUCCAUUGAUGGACAGAAGAAAACUCCAUUAGAGAAAAUAUUCAGAGCUAUUUUGAUCAAGGCAGCAGUGAGCUCUAAAGAGAAUAAUGUCAAAACCGAACCAAACAGCCUUGAAAUGGAACUGUGUUUACUGGCCAACCAACCAGUUAAUUCCGAAGGAUUAGCAGAUGUCCUGCAAAAAGUGCAAGAAAAGUCAAAGAAAGGCUUCCGAUUUGUUGGACAUGUGCUGUAUCAAAGCUCCACGGCGAAUUCAGUGGAAAGACCUGAAGAAAGGUCAGCAGCUGACAAUAUUUUGAAUCAAAACAAAGAGAAAAAGAAUGAACAAAGCAAUAUUAAUGGAGAUAAACUUGCAUGGAGUCAGGAUGCAAAAGGACCACCUGGGGAGGGAUCCCAAUCUGAAGCACAAGUUAUUGAGUGUCAGGAGAAAGCUGACAAUCAGCCAAUGGCAAAAAUAACGAGUCAAGAGUAUCAAGAAGAUGAAAGGCAGAUACUGCAUAAAAGCGCAGCUGGUGGUGAGGUAGAAGACAAUGUUACUGAUAAACAAGAAGCUUCAUCACCAGCAGAAGCAUCAGAACUUGAAGCAGUAGAUAGCCUACAUACUGUGGGGACAGCUGUGGAGGAGCAGUCUCCAACAGCAACAAAUGAGUUCGCUGAGGGGAAGCCGAUUACAGAACAUCAAGAAGCCAAUGAGGCCAGCCUGUCUGAGGCUAACGACAGCAAACAGGAGGAGCGCCGAAAUCAAGGAACGGCUGAAGGGAUUACACAGAGGAAUGUUGUGGAAAAUGAGAUAUUCCUCCUUUUUAAUAAACAACGAGAAAACCAGAAAUCUUGCAAGUAUUACACAGUUACAAUUCCACUGAAGAUCAGUAAAAAGGGACAGGAUAUCAGCAGUUUAGAAGCAGACUGGCUAGAUCACAUGACAGAACACUUCACAAAGGGAGCCUUGUUAGUGGAUGCUUUGGUCUGUCUGGGUACACCGACAGAUUCAAUACCUAAAUCAGUGGACGGGCUUUUUAUCUUUGAAGGAGUUUCCGAGGAAAAGUAUGAAAUGUACGAUGCCAUAGUUGUGGAGCAGUGGACGGUGAUUAACGGAAAUGAGGUGAAAACUGAUUAUGUUCCCUUGCUGAAUUCUCUGGCUGCAUAUGGCUGGCAGUUAACCUGUGUGCUACCUACUCCAAUAGUGAGGAGGGACAGUGAUGGGAAUCUUGCUACAAAACAGAUUGUUUUCCUCCAGAGACCAUCAUUGCCCUGCAAAGAAAAGAAGAAAGAGCCAAAGAAAAAAUCAACAAAAGAUGACAAAUCAAGCAAGAAAGACAAAAAUUGUUUAAAAGAUAAAAAUGGCAAAGUGCGUCUUCAAGUGAAGAACUCUACAGGAGUCUCGAAUGAAAAAGAAAAUCUGGAACAAAGUGUGGCAAAGAAUGGAGACAAAGAAAAUGCUGAAAAUGGAAUAUCCCUGAAAACAGAGGAAAAUGAAAAAAGUAUCCCUGCAACUGAAGGAGUGCAAAACUACAUAUGUGUGACAAGUGCUGAAGUGGCUGGGAAUGCUGGGGUAAACGCAGCUUCAGAAAAUGUAAUCAACAAAGCCUGUGGCAACAAAAACAUUUGUGAAAACGUGGAUAUGAAAGAAGUACAAGAGAAGCAUGAAAAUGAAUGUCAAAAUGAUACAAUUAGUAGAAGUGAAGAAAAGGCCAGCCAAGCAAAAUGUAACACUCCAGUGAAUGGUGAAUAUACUGUCACAAGUCAGCACCUUGAUAACUUGCCAGCCUCAGAGAUGCCAGCCCAAGCCUUGGAGGAAACAACUGGGUCCAUCACAGAAAAAAAUGGUAAUGCACCGGAGGAAGGGGAAGGAGUUGUAGAAGUACAAGAUGGUGCCAGUGCCAGCUCUGAAUAAAGCAAGAUUCUGGAUAAUAAAAAGAUGGUGCAAUUUUUUUUCCCUGUGGAGUCUGAUUGCAAAAUCCUUGCUGGUCUGAUUGUAAAAUUAUGCCCAUGUUGUGCCAUGCACAUAGUGCAUGAGCUCACACACACACCUUGCUUGCUGUGCAAUAAAACAAAUGCAGAUGUUGUAAGCUAGCAUUCUGUGUUUUGAUGUGACGCUACAGUUGAUAGUAUGACUUUCUAAUAUUAAAAUGAAUAAUUUGUAGAAAUGUGCAGGUGUUACAGUUAACAGUACAGGUAAAAUUGUAAAUCUAUUAGUUGAUCAACACCAAAUAAACAUUUUAUACAAUAAUAAAUACCUUCUGUUUGUCAG